CAUGAAAGCUCCUGAAUUAAAGGAUCGACUUGAAGAAAGCGAAAAAUUAAUGAAAGAAAUGAGCAAAACAUGGGAAGAAAAAUUAAUGGAAACGGAAAAAUUACAUCAAGAAAGACAUGUUGCGUUGGAAAAGAUGGGAAUUUCCGUCCAAACGUCUGGUAUAAAAGUGGAGAGAGGAAAAUAUUACCUAGUUAACCUAAAUGCCGAUCCUAGUUUAAACGAGCUACUUGUUUAUUAUCUUAAGGAAGACAAGACAAUAGUUGGAAGAGAGGGAGGAGAUAUUGAACCUGACAUUCAACUGUGUGGUUUGGGAAUUGCAGCUCAUCACGCUGAUUUAGAAAUUGUCGAUGGAGAAGUAUUCGUGACCCCGCAAAAGGACGCAAGAACUUGUGUAAAUGGUAGGGAAAUUCGAGAAAAAAUAAAAAUUAAACACGGAGAUAGAAUAGUCUGGGGUAUGAAUCAUUAUUUUAGGGUAAAUUGUCCAACUGCUCAAAACUCACCGGCUAACCCGGUCGAUUAUGAGUUUGCUCAGCGAGAACUCUUGAGUGAGGGAUCUGAUCCCAUUCGAGAGGCUAUAGAUGCUUUACAAAGGCAACAUAGAGACGAUAAAGAAGAGGCCUUGGCCAGGCAACGGGCGAUGUACGAAAAACAAAUGCGAAUGUUGAAAUCUCAGCUAAUGUCACCAUCAACACCUAAUUUUACUCCUUAUUUUGGAAACAUGACACCUAUUACGCCUACAGGAGGAGCUUUGAGAGGUAGAUAUCAGCAAUUAAUGGAAGAACGUGAAGCGGAACUGAAACAGGCUCUAGUUCGUUUGAAAGAGGAUGUCCUCAAGGCUAAUUCCUUGGCAAGAGAAGCCAAUGUCUUAGCUAAGGAGUUAGGAAAGAGCGUAGAGUUUGGAGUGACUUUACAAAUUCCAGCCGCCAAUUUAACGCCUCACAGAAGACGGGGAGCCUUUGUAACAGAACCAGCCAUUGUUGUGAGACGAGCAACCCGAGAGCAAAAUAUUUGCAGUCUAGAAGAAUUUGAACAUAAAGUAAUUUCAAUGAGAGAACUUUAUGAACUUCGACAAUUAGAAACAGAAUCUUCACCUGGGAGCACCGAUCCCUUCUAUGAAGCUCAAGAGAAUCAUAAUCUCAUUGGAGUUGCCAACGUGUUUCUCGAGGUAUUAUUUCAUGAUGUCACUCUGGAAUAUCAGGUUCCGAUUAUCUCUCAGCAAGGUGACGUAGCUGGAAGGCUCAGCGUCACUAUAAGCCGAACUGCUGGCAGCUUAGAGGGCAAUCUUGAAGGUGAAAGGGUCAGAUGCAGGAUUGGCAUUAAAGAAGCAAGGGGACUUCCCCCGGCUCUCUCACACUUUGUCUUUUGCCAAUAUACUUUUUGGAAUGAGCAAGAACCUGUCGUUGUCCCUCCCUUAGUCGAUCAGCAGGAUUCGAAUCGAUUUCGUUUUGAUCAUUCCGAAGAGUAUGAAGCGGAAAUUAACGACGAAUUUUUGGAGCAUGUCAGUGAUGGUGCAUUAUCGAUUGAAGUUUGGGGUCACAGAUCCCAUGGCUUUUCCAAUGUUCUUCCUACUUUAACUGCAUCAGCCCCGUCAGACUCCGCAAACAGUCGUAGUCUAGCCGAAAGGUGGUCCGAAGUGAGACGACAAUUGGAGAUGUGGGUGGAAAUUCACGAGCUGGCAGAUAAUGGAGAAUAUGCCCCCGUUGAACUGGUCCAAAAGCCUGAUAUAUUCUCUGGGGGGGUAUUUCAACUAAGGCAAGGACAUUCCAGAAGAAUUCACGUACGUCUAAGUCGAUCAAGGAGAAACGAUGCAGGCACUCUGCCUCUCUUAGUUGAUUCUAUUGAUCAUGUUUCAAUCGGUUGCAUUUGUGCUAGAUCCUCAACUUUACAAAAGGGAUUAGACUCUUAUCAAGAAGAUGAACUACAGCUUCUCCGAUCGCAAUGGUCAGAAGCCCUUGAUAAGCGUCGCAACUAUUUAGACGAACAUUUACAACGUAUAAUGCAGAAAGGGGAUGACAAGAGUGAGGCAGAUGUCGAACGAGAAAGGGCACUUAUUCAACAAUGGAUCUGGUUAACAGAGGAGAGGAACGCAGUACAAGUUCCUUUAUCAGGUGUACCUGGUGCUCCUGCUGAUUGGACUCCACCCGUUGGGAUGGAAAAACACAUUCCGUUAAUUUUUCUUGAUUUAAAAGAGCAAGAGCUUGGUAUAGGUCAAACUGCCCUCGAGGGCGUCGACUCAGCCAGACCAACACCAGGCAUGAAUGCUAUUUUACCAAAAGAGCAUGGGGGAAAAUUUUGUGUUUUACCGACUGUUUGGAACGGUUUAGAAAAAGGUUCCACUAAUGUUGCCAUCACCGCUUCUUGGGAUUCAUCUAUUCAUAACUCACCUCAUUUGAAUCGAGUUACCCCUCCAGGGGAAAGGGUUUAUCUAAUAGUUAAGGUUAUUGCGCGAUUAUCUUUACCAGCUCCGUUGGAUUUGGUGCUGAGAAAACGGAUUGCUAUUAACGUUUAUAAACGGCAAUCUAUAACGGACAGGCUUAAAAAGAGGAUUGGAAAGACGAUGUGGAGUCCAUUUACGGGCGAUUCACCUUCCCAGGAAAGCGCAGUGUCUUCAGGCGUCACAUACGAUAUCGUCAACAGCAUUCCAAAAGCUUCUGAGGAAUUAGAAGAUAGAGAAACAUUAGCGCAGAUGGCCGCUACCGGUGCCAAUGAUGGAGAGAGUUACAUCGAGAAAUAUCUUAAAGGCGUUAGUGCAGUUGAAAGCAUUUUGACAUUGGAUAGGUUAAGACAAGAUGUUGCUGUUAAAGAACUUUUGGCUCAGAGAGGUAGACCUCUACGUAAAGCCACUAGCGUUCCUAAUAUCCACAACUUCCGAUCCGAUAGUAUUCAAGACUUGACUCAUUCCGUAUCAGCACAUGAGGGUGUGGCAAAAGUAUCAUCAAAUAGGAAUCAAAUGGAAUCAACUCCUGCAUCAAUUCUUCCGUCAAAACCUACUUUCAACAAAGGUUCAAGUUUUGGUUCAAGUCCCGGUCAAAAUUCUAUUACUACUGCCAAGGUUGACCCAAGACAAACUAUGAGUACAGUAGUUGAAGAACAACAAAAGCCAGUAAUUACAAAGGCUGAGUCCGAUUCUGAAACAGAGAAGGAGGAAGUUGAGAAACCUCAAGCUGAAACAGAAAAGAAACUUUCACCCUCUUCAUCCGAUUUAGAUAUAGAAGACUUCAAAGGUCCGAAGCCACUUGGUAAAAUAAUUACUAUCGACAAUACACCUGAAUCUAGUGGUUAUGGAUCUGUAUCAACCAAUACUUUAAGUUCAGAAUCUUGUAUAGAGACUGGUCAAAACGGACAUUCCGAUACAGAGGAAAAACAACCGGAGGAGAAUGAUAUAGAAUCUAGAGAAGAAGAUACAAAAAAGAAUAAGGAAGAAGUAAAGAAAUUAAAAUCUAAUCCUGGUGGCACAGCCAAAGUAUCUCCCAUGAAAGCAACCUAUAGACCGAUAUCGAUGCUGGAGCAUGACAAUCACGAAGACUUUGUUGAAGAUGAAGAUUCUGUAAGCGUGUGCUCGUUUGGUUCGAGGGCUGAUUUAAAUCGAUUAACGGAAGGCGCUGUACCAGCAUGGGUAGUUACGGGAGUAUCCGUAAACGUUUUAUCAUCGAAUCCAUCAAUCUCUCAAAAACCCGGAACAAUUGCAUUUGUUGGACCUACCGAGUUUGCUCCUGGAAUCUGGAUUGGCGUUGAAUUAGAAAACGCAGACGGCAAAAACGAUGGUUCGGUUAAAGGCGUUAGAUAUUUCAAAUGCCGUAGUCGGCAUGGAAUAUUUGUCCGUCACGAUAAAAUUGUUAUGGAUAAAAAGAGGAGAAAAAUAGGGAAAAAUAGUAAUUUAAGAAAAUCUACUGGGAGUUUGGUAAAUCAUUGUUUAACUCGUCCAACAGCUUCGUCCUCUGCAAAACAAAGUAAAACUUAA